CACUCGCCGGCCGACUCCUCGUGCCGCUCCCGACUGCCGUCUAUCCGGCGCCAAAUCCGAGCCUUUCCUUAAUCUGUAUUGUAGUCACACCUCAAAUCGUCGACCGUCGCGUAACCUUGUCAACUCGGCUGUUCAAUCGUUUAGAGAUGUCAAGAGCACACUCUAAUCGGCGAUAAUUGUCCGAUUAUCUGCAGGACCCAAGUUUCGAAGGCCCAUGCUACCACGCUUCGGGCCCUUGACACCACCACACCACAUCCGUCGCAUUCCCAAGAGACAAGACCAAACAUAUCCAACCCAGAGACACUUGCGCCAUUCCCGGAAUUUCCUACAAUCGUUCAAUAGUCGACCUGCCGGUUCUCCGUCCUUGGUCUCCCAGCACCGACGCGGCUCGAUUUGAUCUGCGCCAGCCGCGGACACACUUCAUCCACCCGAGGCAUCGCCGCACUCUCUGUUACACCACGAGGAGCCCACGCACACACGAUAUGUCGUUGCAGGAGCCUCAACCACCAGAAGACGCCAUUCAAGCGACGACGUCGCACGGGGUGAUGCAACAUCAUGAAAAGGGAGAGGUCGACCCAACCAGCCAGCAGCGGCCGCGUCAAGACCAGAGCGUUCCCGAAGCGGCCAAGGACAGGACCACACAGACCUCGGCCGCGGCAUUAUCGGCCCAGGGCCCGAUCGUCUCCGGCAAGCCGUGGGCGAUACAACGGUUUUGGGCCGAACAUGUCAGCGUCGUCGUCGACUUUGAGACCUGCCGCGACCAUCUGGGUACGGCCCGGAAUACAUCUCCGCACACUCCCCGCAUGUCCCUUAUCAUAUCCCUGGUUCACGGAAGAGGGGGGUGCGUGUGUUACUACGGGGAGUGGCUGCACGACAGGGCCCCUCAACAAGCAUCCGGAAUCUGGAUCCAGCGACUCCUGGUCGGCAUCCGUCGCGGUUGAGCGUCUCUU